AUCUAUACGAUUACUUCUUGAAUCAGCUCCUUCCUACCUUCUUUACCAGAUCUAAUAGGGUCUUGGAUGUUCUGCUGCCUCCUUGCUUACAACAAAUAUGGAUCAAGUCACACCAACCACCGAAGAUUACUGGGUCUUUGAAGAAAACUAUGAAGACAAUAACACCUUGUCCCCUGAGACAAGCAAGAGUCAUGCAGCCCCAUGCUUACAGGAGGACAUCUACGGGUUUGCACAAAAGUACUCCCCUGCUGUGUACAGCCUGGUGUUCCUCCUGGCUGUUGUGGGCAACGUGCUGGUGCUAUGUGUGAUCCGACGCUACCGAAACUCUCAGAGUGGUGGGACCUGUGCCUUCUCUCUGACCGACACCUUCCUCCUUCACCUGGCCAUUUCUGACCUCUUGCUGGCUUUCACCCUGCCCCUGUUUGCGGUGCAGUGGGCUCACCAGUGGGUGUUCGGUUUGGCUGUUUGCAAGAUCUCCGGUGCCCUCUUCUCCCUGAACCGCUACAGUGGCAUACUUUUCCUGGCCUGCAUCAGCUUUGACCGGUACCUGGCCAUCGUUCACGCGGUCAGCUCUGGCUGGAAGCGUAACACCUGCCAUGCCCAAAUUGCGUGCGCCAUCAUCUGGAUGGGCUGCCUGGGCCUGAGUGGGGUGGACAUUACCUUCAAACAGGUAGUGGCUGUGAACACUGUGGGUCAGCACAGGGCGCUCCUGUGUCAGGUGUGGUUCACUGAGAACUCCACACAGUGGCAGGUGGGACUGCAGCUGGUCAGUGUGGUUCUGGGUUUUGGGCUGCCUCUGUUGAUCAUGCUCUACUGCUACAUCCGCAUCUUCAGGUCUCUAUGCAAUGCCACUCGCCGCCAAAAGCGCAAGUCUCUCCGCCUCAUCAUCUCCCUGGUGUCUGUGUUUGUGGUCUGCUGGGCACCGUACAGCUGCUUCCAAUUGGCAGAUAGUCUGCACAGGUUGGGCGCAGUGACCGGAGGUUGCCAGUUUGGCCGCGUGGUUGACCUUGGGACGCUGAUCACUGAAAGCGUGGGGUUGUCGCACUGCGCCCUGAACCCUCUGCUGUAUGGCUUUGUGGGGGUGAAGUUCAGGAGGGAGCUGGCAAGGAUGUGUAAGGGGCUGCUGGGACAGAGAGGCUGGCUUGGGAUGGAGGGAUGGAGACAUGGGAAGCUUAGAAGAACCACGGGCUCAUUCAGUUCUGCAGAAAGUGAAAACACCUCCUUCUCCGUCAUGGCGUGACAUUGGUUAGAGAGACAUGAAGAAAGAAGCAGAUGUGUGUGUGAUUGUGUGUGAGAGAGGGGGUUUGGUGUGAGCGAAAAGGAGAAAGAAAACUGGAGUGAAUUCAGAAAAAGGAAGGCCUGAACAGAGAAUAUAUGAUAAGUUUAAUUAGGACUGUUCAAUAUGUUCUCAGAGGGAAAGCUUUUUCUGCCUGUUUCUGCAUCUAGAUUUCUGUGAUGUAUUUCUUCCAGUGGUGCUUUGCCAUCUGGUUGUUGGUGUGGUGCCGCGUACAACAGGUUGUUUUAUUGUUGUUUCUUUUUUUUUUUUCAAGAAUACUGUAGUAAAAUUGUGAAACAUCAGCAAUCUACAUUUCUUCAUACUCAUAGAAACGCUUGUUCAGCACUUAAGAUAUACCCUGUGGCUUUAGUAGUCAAACUAAUCUCACGUCAUUACACUCAGUGGGUUUUUCCCAUCAGAUUCCACUCUCAGAUAGUUUGCAGUAAAACAAGUUUCAGCUUAUCAAACAGUGGAAAUGGUUGUAUAGGAUAAAAAUCUGUGUAUAUUGAAAUUCAUGUUUUUUAUGUUCCAUUUGUUCAACUUUUACAGCUGUUCCCUCAGCUGUGUGCUUCAAAAUAUUACUCUGUGCCGCAAAAGGGGAAAUGAACAUGACUCUUUGUGAGGUACACAGAUUUUUAUAAUAAAUAUUUUGGAAUAAAACCAAAGUUUCAUGUCUAUAAUGCAUAAACAUCUCAUGUUACCUCUCUGCAGGUUUACUAUGGGCAGCUUUCAUUUAGCACAACAUGUAGCUAACGCAAAUAGCAAUUAAUAUAACUUUGGAGCUAUAAUUAACUGGGUGAGAUAAUGGGACGGCGUGCCUUGGAGAGGAUGGUGCAUCUGGUUCUGAGCCACUGCGACACUAUUAGACUUGUAGAUCCAGAAAAGUAAAGUUCCCCUUAUUUGCUCAUAGAGCAGCAACAAAUGUUAUAUUAGAAAGGCAGCAUGAGAAGCUCAAUCUGAGAUUAUUGACCACAGCCAGUGGUAUUCAGAUACUAUACUUAAGUAAAAGUAGUGAUACUGCAAUGUAAAAAUUCUCCAUUAGUAAUGAUACAUAAGUAUGGUCAGAAAAAUGUACCUUUAACAUCAAAACUACAAGUACACAUUAUUCAGAAUAACCCCUUUAAUAUCGUUAUAUCAUUAUGUGCAGUGUUUUAUUACUUCUGGCAGCAUUUAAAUGUUGCAGCUGAUCGAUGUUGAGAUCAUUUUAACUAUUUACAUAUAUAUUUUUGGGUUUUUUAAUCUGUACCAAUACAUAUUUUUUUUAAAAUAAACUGAUUAUAAGUUUUGCACUUUUAAUUUAUAAAUCUGCCAAAUAACAAGUAAAUCUAUCUGACGAAUGAAUGGAGCCAGAAUUUAGAAGAGCAGAAUCAUUGCUGGAAAACGUAUUCAGAUCCUUUAGUAAAGUAAAAGUAGUGAUUCAAUAAUAUAAAAAUAAUACAUUACAAGUAAAACUCCUGCAUUAAAAAUCCUACUUUAGUAAAAGUACUGAUGUGUAAUCAGCAAAAUGUACUUAAAGUAUCAAAAUAAAAGUCUGCUGUAAAAUUGCCCCUGUUACUGACAUAUCAUUUUAUCUGACAUAAUUAGCAUGCAGUAUUUUACUGUUGUAGCUGGUCAAGGUGGAGCUGUGAUAGAAAAUGAGAAAAGUAAGUGGGUUUAUCAUUUAAACAUCAUUUUUGAAGAAGAAUUCAACUACAACUCAAACAGAUGUCUGUGUCUUAUGUAACAUGUAAUGUAAACAGAAGAGCAAGGCUUCAGUCUCUUCAUGACCAAAGAUGGUAGUACUGUACUGGACUAGUGUUGAUUAAUGAGGUUAAGUUGUAGGGCCCUUGUUUUCUUAUUUCCCAUACAUAUGCAUGUGAAUGUAUGUUUGGCAAAUUGACCACUGGAUACCUGUUGAUAUGUACUGACCAACCAGAAUGAGUCUCUUUGUUCUCUAGAAAAAUAUUAGGUUUGCUCUCUGUUAGGAGAGACAGGGGUGUUUUGCCGACUUGUGUAAGUUGCUGUCACCUAUUAAUG